AUGCGCUUCGACCUCGCGCUCAUCGCAGCCUCGCUGCUCAGCACGGGGGCGGCCGUCGCGAUUGACGGGCCCCGGAACAUCGUCAGGAUGGACAUGGGCGCACAGGACGAGCAGGAACUCUACAAGCGGCGAGGAGGCGGCGGAGGCGGCGGGCGAGGAGGCGGAGGCGGAGGCGGGAGCAGCGGCGGAGGCGGCAGCAGUGGUGGACGAGGCGGCAGCGGCGGCAGCGGAGGGUCUGGCAGCGGCGGCGGCUCAGGAUCCCGCGGCGGUUCCGGAUCCACCGGCAACACAGGCUCAGGCUCCAACUCGGGAGGCACGUCGCGCGGCGGCAGCGGGCCCACGCCUCGGUUUGGCGGCGGCCGCUUCUACAGCGGAGGCGGCUCGCGGCCGUACCAGUCGGGCGGCCGAAGCCCCGGAGCGGGCAUCCUCCCCUUCGCCCUCGUCGGCGGCGCGGCCCUGGCCUUUUGGCCCGGCGUCUGGCUGUACGGCGCCUACAUGUACCCGUACCACUACGUCCACCACUACCACAACUCGACGUCCGACAAGAACGAGACGGCCAAGGUCAUGUGCGGAUGCGCCAAGUACGCCGAGUGCGGGUGCGACGAGAACAACAGCACCGCCUACUACGACGAGCUGCUGGGCAACGGGUCCUACGGCGCGCUCAACAAGAGCGUCGUCAACAUCGGCGACUACAAGGGCGACAAGACCAUCCUCAUCAACGGCACGCUGCCCAACGGCACGACGGCCGACGGGCCCGACGAGAGCUCCGAGUCGUCGGCCGGCACGGGCAUGCGCAGCCUCGCCGAGGCGGCGGGCUUCUGGCCGGCGGUGGCUGCCGUCGUGGCCGCCGUCUACCUGGCAUAA